UCCGAUAUCGACGACAGUCGACUUCAGUGAAGAAUGUCAGGCAUUAAGCGAAAGAAGCCUUCUAGAGAGGCGGGGUUACGCGAUAUCCACUACGAAGACGACCGUUCUCUGAUUGUUAUUGCUUGUUGAAGCGUUUGACGAUCUAUCUUUGGCCAUCCUGCCAAGGGAGGUCUUAUUACUAAAACUACCUGAAUGAGUUCACAACGUURUUUCAAGCUUCGCACAUUCUCGUCAAGUUGAAAAAAUCAUGUCGUUGACGUUUUACUGGGCACUGAUGUUGUCAGCAGUAACAAUAUGUACAGGACGAUAUGAUGGCGAUACUGAGCAUGAACUCAUUGCAUAUCUCUUCAAAGGAUAUAACAGCAAUGCUCGGCCAGUCUUCAAUAAAUCUGAAGCAGUGUUUGUCAAACUAGAUAUUGCUUACAGCCAGCUCGUAGAUCUGGAUGGUAAGAAUCAGAUUCUAUCAAGUAAAGUGUGGAUUAGACAGAUAUGGAGGAAUCCUUUUCUAACGUGGAACCCUGAUGACUAUGGGGGUUUACAAAGCAUUAACGUUGAUGCUAAGAUAGUCUGGAAACCGGAUAUCGUCCUAUAUAACAAUAUUGGUAUCGGCCAGACUGGCGCAAUGUAUAAGUUUGAUACCAAGAUUGUCAUAGACCAUGAUGGAACUAACUCGUGGUUCGCUCCAACACAGAUCCAAAGCAUUUGUAAAAUCGACAUCACUCACUUUCCGUUUGAUGACCAGCAUUGUAAGCUUGUCUUUGGRUCAUGGACGUACACUGGUAACGCUGUUAACUUAGUACAGGCCCGCAACCAAUCAGAUCUCUCAAAGUACACUGUAAGCGGAGAAUGGGACCUAAUCUCAGCCCCAGUCAAACGCAACGUGGUGAAGUAUGCUUGCUGUAAMGAUCCGUUCAUUGAUGUCACAUUUCACAUCCAUGUACGACGAAGGGUCUUGUUUUAUUUAAGUAACUUGAUUCUCCCGAGUAUCAUCUUGACGGUCCUUACAGUGUUCUCAUUCUUCUUGCCCCCUGAAUCUGGAGAGAGGAUAUCCCUGGUCAUUACAAUUCUUCUUGGUUUGACUGUCUUUAUGCUGGUGUUUACAGAAAGUGUUCCUCACACGUCUGAAGUGAUUCCACUGAUUGCAAAAUAUACUUUUAUUGUAAUGUGUGAAGUGGGUGCUUCUCUUCUAGUCACGUGCUUUGUCUUGAGAACCUAUCAUAAAGGACACACUCAAGAUGUCCCAGUUUGGAUUCGUUACUUUUCUAAAGUCCUUGCGCCARUACUGCGUGUAAAACAAAACGAUCAACGUGAUUCGUCGACAAAACAAAGCCAAGAAACGUUUCACCCACGAAACUCAAUCAGUAAUGGAGCUUAUAUUUAUGUSCCACAGAAAACCCCUCACMCAGCGUCUCCUUUGCUUUCCUUUGAACGCCGCCAAAGUGAAACUUGUACAAAAACAAUCCAAAAAAGUGACGAAGUGUUUUGUUCUUGUCAGCAAACGCCUCCAUUAAGGAGUAUCACUGACGGGAAGUUGGAGGAACUGCAUAADGAAGUACGCAUUAUAACUAGUCAUUUCAAAGACGUUAAUCGCCUGGAAAACAGAAAAGCUGAMUGGCAUUUUGUAGCUACAGUUUUAGACUCAGCCUUUUUCUGGUUGUUUCUUGGUUCCAUGGUCAUAUCAACUGUCGUAUUUUAUUUCCAGAUUCCAUACGCUGACAGACUUUGGUGAUCAGAGACUAUAUAGCAUCCUGAGCAGCCGAUUCUUUGCGURGUCRUACACAGCAGWUAGAGUUACUUGUCAGACAACUCAAAGGGCGGCUGCCAGGAGCGUAGUGACGAUAMCACUAUUUUGAUAUAAGAAUAUUGCAUCCUAAAAUUAAGAGUUUGUAUCCACCUGUUUUUCAGUCUUUAAAGCAAAAGUGAAAAGGUCCCGUAAUYAAYGCAAAUUAUAAAGACGAUAUAAAAGYGACAAUCAYCGAUAGAGAAACUUUCAGUGAAUUGAGAAACACAUCAUGGUUGCCAAAUACUCCAUUAAAUAGAUUUAGCAUA